AUGACGCAGCCUCCGCCGCACGCCGUACACAGUGUAGUUGUGGAUGAAGAGGAGGCGGCCACCGUGUCGACGCGGCCGUCGUCCCCCGAGGCGUGCGACAAGGCGGACGCGCGGUCGGCGUGCCGACACAAACGCAAGGCGCAGCAGCUGCAGCUGCAGCCGCUGGGAGAUGUGACGGCGGCCCGUGUUGCAGAGUGCGGAGACACCCGCGGACGCAAGAAGCGGAAGCUGGCGGCGAGCCCGUGCGUCCCGGCGGCGUCCGCGCAGCCGCCCGCGUCGGCGUCGGCGUCGGCGUCGGCGCCCCCGUCCGUCUCGCAGCUGCUCGCCCAGCGGGAACUGGCCAAGCAGGUGUGGGACGGCUCGCUGCAGCUGCAGCUGCCUCAGGCGCCGGCCGGCUCGCCACGGCCCGCGCAGCCCCAGCCGCAGCCGCAGCCGCAGCCGGCGCUGCCCGCGCCCGCCUUCGACCACCAGCAGCAGCUGCAGCAGCAGCAGACACAGCAGCAGCAGCAGCAGCCGCAGCCGCAGUUCGUGCGCUACCACCACGCCGACGGCAGCACUGUCGUGGCCCAGGUGCAGCAGCAGGGGACGCCGCAGUCGCAGGCACAGGCGCAGGUGCAGCAGUACCAGCAGGAGCUGCAGCAGCAGCUGCUGAGGAUGCACAUGUUCCCAGAGCAGCCACACCCCUUCCAGCAGCACCGCCUGCCUGAGGAGCACAAGCAAAUAUUUCUGCAGCAUCAUCACCACCAACAGCAACAUCAACAACAGCAACAGACACCACAGCAGCAACAGGCACAGCAGCAGCAAGUGCAGCAGCAGCAACAACAACAACAACAACAAGUGCAGCAGCAGCAACAACAGCAGCAGCAGCAGCAGCAGCAGCAGCAGCAACAAGUGCAGCAACCUUCUCAGCAACAGCUGUUGCAGCAACAGCAGCCAAGUCAUCACCAACAGCAACAGCACCGUGCCCAGCCUCAGCAACAACAGCAACCGCCACAACACGUGCUACAGACUCAGCAGGCCGUGUUAACUUGCUACGAACCGUACCGGCAACCUCCCCCUCUACAGACUCAGGCCGGCAGCGGUACGGUCAUCCUCCAGCCGACGAGGGCACCCCCUUGGCAGAAGACGUCGGGAAUACAGACUGCCACGUACGACAGACGCGUGCCUUCAGUUCACCAGUGGACCGGAGUGGGUGCGAACGUCCCUCCCGACGACGCCUCCCCGUCCUCUCGGCGCAAAGCGUCAGCGGCGGUGCAGGCCCCACUCUCCGUUGCCGCCUCCUCGCAGGCGGGGAGGCGGCCUCUGCUCCCUCAGCAGGUGCCCGCAUUACAAGUCCAGCCCCAGUCGCAGGUACGUGCACAGUUCCCCUCGCCAGUUGGUGCACCCUCGGAUGUGAACAGGCAGUCACUUCCUGUGCCUCAGCAGCAGCAGCAACAACAACAGAUUCAACAACAGCAACAGCAACACCAACAGCAGCAGUCACAAGCACAGCCACAACAGCCCCAGCUGCAACAACAGCAGCAGCAACAGCAGCAGCAGCAACAUCAUCAACAACAACAACAACAGCAGCAGCAGCAGCAGCAGCAGCAGCAGCAGCUGCUGCAACAGCAACAGCAGGCCCAGCAACAGCAACAGCAGGCCCAGCAACAGCAACAGCAAGCCCAGCAACAGCAACCCCAGCAGCUAUGUCAGCAGCAGCAGCAGCAGCAGCAACAACAACAACAACAACAACAACAACAACAACAACAGCAGCAGCAGCAUCAGCAGCAACAACAACAACAACAACAACAACAAUUGCAGCAGCAACAACUGCAACAACAACAGCAGCAGCAGCAGCUGCAACAGCAGCAACAGCAUCAACUGCAACAACAGCAGCAGCAACUGCAUCAACAGCAGCAGCAACAGCAACAGUUGCAACAACAACAGCAGCAGCAAUUGCAACAACAGCAACAGCAGCAACAACUGCAACAACAGGCACCACCGCAACAACCACAACAGCAACAGCAAGUGUCACAGCCGCAACAGCAUCAUAGAAGAACACCACACAUCACUGUAACGACAAUGGCAUCAGGCCGUACCGUCGGGAGUAAUACGGUGACGUCAGUGGUGGCGGGGUCUUGCGGACCACGGGCGCACACUGCGACUGUGUCGGUGACGACAGCAGACACACCACACCAGCAGUCGGCGGCGUCCUCUGGGCAGGGCCAUGCACAGGCCAAGUCGCCCCUGGAGAUGGUGCAGAGUGUGGUCAGCUCCAUACAGCAGAAAAUGCCUGUAUCACAGGUACCACAGCAGGUAAAACAUCAACACCAACAGCAGCAGCAGCAGCAGCAACAACAACAACAUCAACAUCAACAACAACCUCAACAGCAGCUACUCAGUCAGCAACAACAGCAGCAGCUCCUCAGUCAACAACAACUACAGCUUCAGCUCAGCCAGCAACACCAGCAGCAGCAGCAGCAGCAGCAGCAACAACAACAACAACAACAGCAACAACAGCAGCAGCAGCAGCAGCAGCAACAACAACAACAACAACAACAACAACAACAACAACAACAACAUCUGGCACAGCAACAGCACCAGCAGGCACACCAGUCUCAGCAACAGCAGCAUCAACAACAGCAGCUGAGUCAGCAGCAGCAACAGCAUCAGCAGCAGCAGCAACAGCAACAACAACAACAACAGCAGCUGACUCCGGGCCACAUCCUGGUGUCGAGCUGUGGCGGGCAGCUGUUGGUGGCCAACACUGGGGCCGUCAUGGGAAAGCCAGUUCUCACCAGCAUGUCUAGUGGUGCUGUCACUCAGGUGAUCCCUACUGCGGUCGGAGUGCCGGCGACGGUGCUGGUGAACGCACUACCGGCGCCACUGCUGCUGCAGCCGGGCGUGGUGGCGGUGGACGGCACAACGGCAGUGCAGAUCCCGCAUCUCGUGGCGGCCGCGGGCGGCGUCCUGCAGCAGCCCACCUCGGCUGCCGACCUGUUCCAGCCCCACCAGGCGGCGGCGGCGGCCGCUCCCGCCCCCGCGCCCACGCCCCAGCAGCACCUGCCGCAGCACGGCCACCACCACCAGCAACAACAGCACCACCAGCACCAGCACCACCGCGUCGCCACGUCGGUCGCUUCCGUGCACCACGGUCACCACGCCGUCGGCGCGCAGGCUACACUCCCGCAACGCAAGGCUGGCGGCAAGAGGCGCAAGGUGCCUCCGCAGACUGUCGCGUCGAUGCUGCACGUUGCGCAGCAGCAACAGCAGCAGCAGCAGCAGCAGCAGCAGCAACAGCUGCAGGGGUACCAGCCCGGGGCGAUGCUGACGAUCGUGCCGGGGAAGGGUGGCGCACCUGCGCAGAUCGUGGUGGGCGGUGCUCCGCCCUCCCACUCGCACACGCCUGCGAGCGCAGCUCCGUCACCCAUCAACCUGCUGCAGCCCGUCAGUGUGGUGCAGAACUUCCAGCCGGCCUUCCAGCAGUUCAUCGUGCCGGGUCUGGGCGGCAUGGUGAUGGCCGCCGACGGCACCGCCGCCCUGUUGCCUGAUGCCGGAGUCCAGCUGCAGGGAGUGCUGCCACCCCAGCCUUUCGCCGGGGCGACCGCGGGCGGUCUGGUCAUUCGAGCGACCGGAGUAGGCCAAGCGGGUGUCGGCGCCCAGGCGACUGCCGGGAAGUUCUUGUCGCCGGCUCCCCCGCAGUUCCUGGUCAACGGGAAUGCCUUCAGUGGACAGCUUAGCCCCCUGGUGGCAGCUGGCGUCAGCCCCACACAGCACCACCAGGUGACGUUCCAGACGACGACACAGCCGCAGGUGAGGCCAGAGUUCCUGCAGUGCGCGACAGUACAGCAGACGCAGGCGCAGCAGGCGGGCACAGUGCACGCACAGCACCAGCAGCAGCCGCAGCAGCAGGUGCCACAGUCGCAGGCGCAGCAGUGCAGCGCCACAGUGGUGCAGCACAACACGACGAUAGUGCAGCAGCAGACGACGAUGGUGGCAUCCAGCCGCGGGCAGCUGCAAGUGGCGGGCCAGCAGCAGUCGCAGCCACAGACGGUCACCUUCCAGCCGCGCCCGCCGGCACCUGCGACGAAGCAGUCGGUUUCGACGCAGACGGCGGGAGCGUCGUGCCAGGGUCCGGUGCGCUCGUCGCCCCCCUGUGGGAGCGGCCAGCUGCAGCCGGCUCCCGCACCCACGCUGCUGCUGCUGUCGGGAGGACCGGGCCCGCCCCCGGACACUACAACCCACAGCCCGUCCUCUGGUCCCCAGCCGUCUGCCGCCGACACCACUACGGAAGGGCUGGCGUCACCCUGCCCCGGACAGGGCGUCGCCGUCGCGUCCUCGAGUGGCACGGACGUAUCUGGCAUGCCAAUGGUGCACUGCGUGUCCUCGAGUAACGAGCAGGAACCUGCCGGGUACCAGGUAACCCCUGGCUCGGCCGCCAAGUACCCUCGCCCCGAUUCGUAUGCCGAGCCGCAGCCGCAGCACUACCGGCAACAGACCCAGCAGAGCGCCGCUACGGGGCGCAGGAAGGCCGCCGACGGACACCGCCACGGCGGCCCAGAGGGAGUCUCAAACUGAACAGCCCACAUGAAAGUGCCAUCCUGCAAGUGAUACCGGACCUGGACCGAAUUUCGCAGAGACGAGUGGCAGACAGUGGAGGGGGGCCGGGUGCCACUGCGCGGUGACCUCUGCCCUCCCCCUCACCGAGCUACGUGGCGGGAGCUCUGUGAGCUACCUGCAGUCGUGCACCACACCAAUCUCCGAUACCGAAUUUAGGCUGCCAGUUUCCCUCUACUGGCAGUCUGACACCGCCGUCUCAGUUCCGAACACUCACAGACAUCGGACGCAUUCAAUUACAGUGCCUCCUCGACGGUGUGAGACUAUGGCCACGUGAAGGUACUUCCCGGCUGAGGACAAAUGUGUUACAAAGUCAGUCAGUCUGACAGUUUGGCGUAAAGGAGUAACAGAAAAAUGUGUCAUUACUGCAUUACCGUAGAAUGUAUCACUUGUACUAGUGGACUCGAGGACCGACUUUUUAGUAUUCACUGUGUCGCGGUAAGGUGAAAAAUAAAUAAUCGGUAGUUGCCUUUUCCUGUGAAGCGGGUACAUAGGUCAGUACGUGUGCUGCCGGUAUGGGAGGUAGAUUUUUUUAAAGCUUUUGCAUUUUUAUCCACUUUGUAUAUCACGUGUACACUGCUGUACCCGUAGCAGUCAGUUACGUUUUUUUGUACUCAAUUUCAGUAACUUCUGAGUUGAUUUUCUGCACUAGUUUAAAAACUGUGUGUCCAAGUUAUCAGUAUCUUGACUCACUACCAGACAAUUUAUUUUGUUUCUGAGAAACUGUUUAGUCAGAAGAACCGAACAUGUUUGUGUAAUCGUUGUGCUGCCAGUAGUGAAUAUGAGUAGCUGACUGUAGCUCUGCAAGUUUUGCCAGGUGGGCGAGUAUUUUGUAUGUCGAGAGCGAGCACCGGUCGAAGAUAUUUUGUAUAUUGACAAUGAGCUCCAGUUUAUUUUUUUUAUGAAUAAUGUAACAUGUAUUUGCACCGAGAAGCUACAGGGCGAUAGAGAUACGGACGGUGUUCCCACUCCGUGUGUCCGUUUGAAUGUGGAAUGAUUGUUUGCACUGCAGGUAGUGCUACUUUGUAACAAAAAUCAGAGUAGCAGUGAGUGUAGCAUGUCUCGGAAGUGAGUAUUUUAAACUGAGUUUUAUGUGAUGAAUGACUGGCAGUAAGGCUGUAGCUACAUCACAUUGCUUUUUCUCCAGAGGCCCUUUUUCCAUAUCCCACAGUACACAACUUGCGAGAGGAGGACCUGUGAAAUGUGCCACUUUUACAAUCUUAUGACCUGGUGUGUCUUAAUGAUCUAAGAGAGCUGUAGCAACUGUUUAGUACACCUCGGGCUCGUUACUUCACUCCUCUCGUAAGUGGACAGGGUGUGGGAAAUAUGCACACUCCAUUUUAAAUAAUUUGUUGUGCUUUUCUCCUGGUCUUUGCUAUUUUUCAAUUCUUCUGUACCUAAUUGAUUUAUGUGAUCUGUAGAUGACAGAAACUGCUCAGGGAGCUGCAGAAGUCUUAUGCAGCAAAGGGUUUUGUGCAAUAUGUCAAGGAAUGCUCUAAGCCCCCAACUUUUCUCUCUCUAUCUCUCUAUAUCUCUCUCUCUCUCUCUCUCUCUGUGUGUGUGUGUGUGUGUGUAUGUGUGUGUGUGUGGGCAAAGAAGGUUGAGAUAAAUUAGAGUGAGAAUUACCUGUUUUAAAUAUUAUUUAACUGAACAGCUAAUAUUUAUAGUCAUCAAAUAUGUAGUUGUCAGGCCAAUGUAAAGCUGAAUUCUUUCAGUAUUUGUGAUUGACUGUUAAGUGUGAAUGCUGAUUUUAUACAAUCAUUGUUUUCAAUUUCUGAGGUGCAAAAUGAAGGUAGGGUGAAAAGUGGAGCCACCAGAGAAAGUAUUGUCUUCCCUUUGGAGCCCCUUAAAUUGUGACUGGGAAACUGUUCCUACUGCAUUCGCUUACUUUCAUUGUUAGUGCUGCUAAGUAUUUACAUAGUCAGUUUUUCGCCUAUGCUGCCAGUUAUGGUUGCACACUGAAUGUUUUGGUUGCUGGUAUUAUAUUUUUAUUCCUAGUGUUUUGUAAUUUGUUUUUCACCCCUCACAUUGUACUAUUUUACUUGUUUUAUUAUUGUAUCUUGCUGAGGUCACAAAAUGAGUAAUGAGGUGCAACGGUUAUUAUGUACCAUUAC